CUGGGUGGAGGAGGUGGCGCUUUCAGCGGGGACGGUAGCGGCGGUCGCGGGCGCCUCACGUUGAAGGGUCGCUCCCCCCCCCCCGCCCCUUCUGCCCUCGAUCCGCGUGAGGGGUGGCGGGCGCCCUCCCUUUGGCAGCUCGCUCCCCAUCUUCGCCCCCACUCCGGCCUCUGGCCCGCCCGCCUUCUCCCGGGUGUCUCCUGCUGCGGCCUCGUCUGCCGUCACCCCCGCCGAUAGGCCCCCCAGUCCCGCCGCCCCGGGGGGCUAGGGGCAGGCGGGCUGCAGGGUCCUGCCCGCGCCCCCCCCCCCGCCUGUGCCCGGAAACCUGGCUGCGCCCCCCCCCCCCCGAGCCUGCUCCUCACCCGCGUCCCCCGGGCCUGCACCGGGCAGGGAGCUGUGGGGGGGCUCCCUGGGCUCGGGCACCAACGCCUUCCUCACCCCCACUCGGGGCUUGGCUGGGACCCAGAAAAUAAAUGAAUGCUAAUGGGACAGCCAUUUCCCUGAGGUUCAGGUUUUCUGGCUGGCUGCCAUGAUGGAUGAUCAGUCUUUCAAUUCUAUCGAGCAGCAAGCUUUGAAUUCAAUCAUGCAGGAUUUGGCUGUCCUUCAUAAGGCUAGUCGUCCUGCAUUGCCAGUACAAGAAACAGGAAAACCAAAAUCAUCUUCACCCAAAAAACAGAAUGAUGUUAGAGUCAAAUUCGAACACAGAGGUGAAAAAAGGAUUCUACAAUUUCCCAGGCCUGUCAAACUAGAAGAUCUUGCAUCUAAAGCUAAAGUUGCUUUUGGACAGCCUAUGGACUUGCAUUACAGCAAUAAUGAGCUGGUGAUUCCAUUAACCACACAGGAUGAUUUGGACAAAGCUGUUGAACUGCUAGAUCGUAGUGUUCACAUGAAGAGCCUCAAGAUAUUGCUUGUAAUACAUGGAAAUUCACAGAUUCCUGUCCUGAGUAACAUGGAACCCUUGCCAUCACUGGAAGAUUUGGAUAAUACAGUAUUUGGAGUGGCAGAGAGGAAAAACAGGCUGUCUGUAAUAGGAUCUAAUACACGUGAUAGGAGUUCACCUCCCCCGGGAUACAUUCCAGAUGAGCUGCACCAGGUCGUACGAAAUGGAUCAUUCACUAGUAUCAAUAGUGAAGGAGAGUUCAUUCCAGAAAGCAUGGAUCAAAUGCUGGAUCCAUUGUCCUUGAGCAGUCCUGAAAACUCUGGCUCAGGAAGCUGCCCCUCACUUGACAGUCCUUUGGAUGGAGAUAGCUACCCCAAAUCUCGGAUGCCACGAGCACAGAGCUAUCCAGAUAACCACCAGGAGUUUUCAGACUAUGAUAUCCCAAUAUUUGAGAAAUUUGGAAAAGGCGGGACUUAUCCCCGAAGGUAUCAUAUUUCAUAUCAUCACCAAGAUUACAAUGAUGGUCGUAAAACCUUUCCAAGGGCUAGAAGGACCCAGGGGAACAGCUUCCGGUCUCCAGUCAGUUUCAGCCCCACCGAUCACUCCCUGAGUACAAGCAGUGGGAGCAGCACCUUUACUCCAGAGUAUGAGGAGAACCGAAUGAGAAGAAGGGGAAGUGACAUAGACAAUCCUACCCUGUCAGUAAUGGACAUCAGCCCACCUAGCCGCUCACCACGAGCGCCAACUAACUGGAGACUUGGCAAGCUGCUGGGUCAGGGUGCUUUUGGCAGAGUAUAUCUAUGUUAUGAUGCUGACACCGGAAGAGAAUUGGCUGUUAAACAGGUUCAAUUUGACCCUGACAGUCCAGAGACAAGCAAGGAGGUAAAUGCACUUGAAUGUGAGAUUCAGCUGUUGAAAAACCUGCUGCAUGAAAGAAUUGUUCAGUAUUAUGGCUGCUUGAGGGAUCCCCCCGAAAGAACACUCUCUAUAUUCAUGGAAUACAUGCCAGGGGGUUCCAUUAAGGACCAGUUAAAAGCAUAUGGAGCACUCACAGAGAAUGUGACCCGAAAAUACACACGGCAGAUUUUGGAGGGAGUUUACUAUUUGCACAGUAAUAUGAUUGUACAUAGAGAUAUUAAAGGAGCAAAUAUUCUGCGGGAUUCAGCAGGCAAUGUGAAGCUAGGUGAUUUCGGUGCCAGCAAGCGACUUCAGACUAUCUGUCUCUCUGGCACGGGAAUGAAGUCUGUCAUGGGGACUCCAUACUGGAUGAGUCCUGAAGUUAUCAGUGGAGAAGGGUAUGGGAGAAAAGCAGAUAUCUGGAGCGUAGGUUGUACGGUGGUAGAAAUGCUCACUGAGAAACCCCCUUGGGCAGAGUAUGAAGCAAUGGCUGCCAUCUUUAAAAUUGCCACCCAGCCAACCAAUCCACAGCUGCCACCUCAUGUCUCGGACCAUGGUCGGGAUUUCCUCAAGCGGAUUUUUAUCGAGGCCAAGUUGCGACCAUCUGCAGAUGAACUGCUAAGACACACAUUUGCACAUUAUCACUAACAGCCUGCCUCAACUCAGCUUGCAUCUACUGCAUUUAUUUUCUAUUUGACUGCACUUUUAUUUUUAUUUUUGUACAAAAAAAGGAGAAAAAAGACAAGAGAGAAAACAUAUUUCUCUUGAUUCUUUGUUUCACUUAGAUUAUAAGCAAGAAUCUAAAUUUUUGUAUUUAGAAUGAGGGUCCCCCCUCCCAACCUAGAACCUUUUGUUUCUGUAAUGUACUGAUGUGGUUCACAGAUAAAGCACUUUAGUACAUAUUCAUUCCUUAACUAAGGGGAAAACAGAGAUGUGACUUGGACUGUCAAGAACUGUAACAUUUUCUAACACCGCUGACUGUCUCAGGAUGCAGGGAAAAAUACAUUAGCAGCUAGCAUGCAGGGAGAAUAAAAUCAUUAUCUGUGAUUUGUUCUUUGUACUGUAGGUAGUUGCUGCUGAGGGUUUUAAGUUAUAUUUUAGCUUGUUAAUCAGUUUCUGAAUAUCACACUUGAGGCAUGAACCCACAGUUCUGGAAAUUAAUUAGAAAGCUCAAAGAACUUAGAACCCUCAGUAGAGAAUGCUCUGCAUAAUAGAGCACCUGCCUGACACUUCCUUUGUGACCAAAAGAAAAUAAGGCAGGAGCGUAACCCUAAAUCAGUAGUUGGUGGGAGCUGGUAUAAAGUUAUUCUAUUACCUUCAUAGAUCAAAAAUUACAGGUAAAUCAAUUAUUAUAGAUCCAAACUUCUAGAGACUGCAAAGCUCAGGGGGUAGUCUCCAUAAUGAAGAAACAAAAAAUAACCAAAAAGAUCAACAGAUAAAUAGAAAUAAGUCAGGAGAAUCCUUACCCCCUGCUGCUGCCAAAGAUACACUUACUAUAGAAGUUAAGGGGGUGGGAGGAGUCACUUCCCUUAGGUGAUUGUAAGACACAAACCGGUGUGAGAUAAAGUCCUUCACCAUCCAAUGAAUGUCAAAGAAAAAAAUUAAUCCUUAUUUACUGUAUGCAUUAUCUGACUAUCCAAAUGAACUGCAAGGAAUAAGACAUUCAGAACAAUUGUCAGAGACUGAGAAGGAAUGUAUUUUGAAGGUCAUGCACCUGAAUAUAAUAACAGGUUUUAGGGUAGCAGCUGUGUUAGUCUGUAUUCGCAAACAGAAAAGGAGUACUUGUGGCACCUUAGAGACUAAUAAUAAAUUUGUUAGUCUCUAAGGUGCCACAAGUACUCCUUUUCUUUUUUCUGAAUAUAAUAAUCCUUCUCAAAUUGUUUUGAAUGCGAUUGUUUUAAUAACACAAUCCAGUUAUUAGGAUGUUAGAAAAAGUCCCUGAAAUAAAAUGAAUUCUAAUUCCUUGUGUCUAAUUCCAUUAGUGUCAAAUGACAACAAGGCACUUCAAGACUUCUUAGGUCAUAUUUUUCAAGCAGCAAUGAUGAUAAAAAAACUUUAAAAUGCCUCUUUCCUAGGGAAAGCAUUAAAAGCAGUCAACAUAGAAACAUCAGGGACAGACCAUACAGAAAAAGUGGAAUAUUUUUAAAGCUGCUUGUGUGACGUAGCAAUUGUACAUGAAUUUUGAAAAUGAAGUCUAACUAAACAAAGAGCAGCAGCACAAUGUGUCAUGCUGAGUUUUGCAUUAAAAAUGACCAAAGAUGUAAAAGGAACAAAGCAACUAAAUAGUAUGAGUCUACAAUUUUGCAAUCCAGAAGGAUCAAACUGUGCUAGAUCUCAGACAGUCAUAAACUGUUUAUUUAUCUUUUCCAUCUCUAGAACAGGGCAGUAAAAGAGUAAAAUUCUGAGACAAAAUCUCACAGUCCUUGAACAGCUCCACUGAAAAAUACUGAUGAGAAGCAUUUACUAACUGACUUCACUUUAGAGAGAGAAGUCAAACCCUCCCAUCUUUAUAAAAGUAUGCAAUAUACAGAAUUUGAGAGAGAGUUUGGAAAUAAGUUCUUUGACCUAUAUAACUUAAAUUUGAUUCUUGAUAGUAUGAUUGAUUCACUGGUUGCCUAUCUUACCCUCACAGUUAUGUAAAGACGGAAUGUGCUGAUGCUUUGGACAUCAAACCAUUCUGGCAAGACUUUGUGUAAUGGUUCCAAGAGUCCACUGUGCUUUUUGUCCUUAUUAGGACUAUCAAAAGCUUGAGGUACAUGAAAAUUAAGAAAUGAAUGUAUUGGGGCUACAAUGAGAAAUUAAAGUGUUGGCUCACGAGACAGAGACUCUUGAGGUUUCUGAAUUUUUAUUUUGCGAAUUUAGCUGCUAAAUUGUGUAUCAGCAGCAUAACUAGGAGUCUGGAUCUAUCCUAAUCCAUUUACCUGUAGUAGGUGAACAAUUAUUCUUCUAUUGGGGUCACAAUCACAAUAUUUUGGACAGGUGGCCUAUUCUAGUUGUCUGUUUUCUGUGAUUAUUGUGACUUUUAUCUGGUUGGUCAUUUUGUUGGUCAUGGUAAGCAGCAGUGCAGGGUUUACAUGCAUGAGAUGAGAGUUCAGUCAGGGAAAACCCAUGAGCCAAAAUUAAAGUAAACUUGUGUUCACUUUCUUUGGCUUCUUUGUCACUCUAUGGAAGCAGUCUAUGGAAAGAAUCUGCAUGAACCUUUGUGCUGUAAAGGACCUUUGCUUCAUAAGCAAAAUUUAGUGGCAGUGGGGGCAGUAUGGAGAGUUAUGUAGAGACUGUCUUUAAAAUACAGUAGAACCUCAGAGUUAUGAACACUAGAGUUACGAACUGACUGGUCAACUACACACCUCAUCUGUAACCAGAAGUACUUAAUCAGGCAGCAAAGACAAAAACGCAGCAAAGACUAUACAGCACAGUACAGUGUUAAAUGUAAACUACUAAAAAAGUAAAGGGAAAGUUUUAAAAAAAGGUUUGACAAGGUAAGGAAACUAUCUGUACUUAUUUCAUUUAAAUUAAGAUGGUUAAAGCCACAUUUUUCUUCUGCACAAUAAAGGUUCAAAGCUGUAUUAAGUCAAUGUUCAGUUGUAAACUUUUGAAAGAAUCACCAUAACAUUUUGUUCAGACUUAUGAACAAUCUCCUUUCCUGAGAUGUUUGAAAUUCUGAGGUUCUACUGUAGACUAAUAGUUUACAUAAUGUACAAACCAUAUAUCUGAAAUUGAUUUCAAACGAAUUAAGAAGGUAUCAAAAGCCAAGCUGAAAAUGUACAUAUAUAGACAGUGGUAUCUGAAAGGGUAAGAAAGUCAUUUAUAUUACCAAAAAGUACAAAAAAUGAACUUUAAAGGGAAAAUGUAACCAGGUUUAACUGCAGCACUCAGAAAUUUUAAAGAUACUCUUGGAUCAAUAAAAGAAACUGCUCUCUGAAGCUUGAAGUUUUUAAAAAAUAUACCCUAUUUGCAAGGCAGAGUUGGCUUCUCUAUGCUGCAGUGUCAUUUCUUAGCUGUGACUGGAAAACAAAACAAAAAAACCCAAGACUGCUGCUUUUGUGCCUUUUUAAAAGAUUGCUUUCUGUCUUGACAAUGGUAAACUGGUUUGAGAUUGGGAAAAGAGAGAACUUGCAGAAUAAUACAAAGUUUUAAAAACUUUUAGGCAUAGUUUUCCCCUUAAAAUAUAAUUCCAUCUGGAUUGUAAAUUGUUGGACAUAUCAGAAAGCUACUGAGGCAAUAUAGUACCUCUUUAAUUAUGACUAAUUUCACCAGUUUUGUUGUUCAUGAUUAAGAUGUUGUCAUAUGAAUCACAAGAAGGACUGAACUAUUUUUUUUACCCUUGGGAGAACCUCCCAACCGAUCUAAGCUACUUAUGUAUAACCCUUUAAACAAUUACUGUAUAAAAUAAAACUAUAUUUUGAGCUAGAAAUAGGAACUAUUGAAGCUAGUCAAAUUCUGCCUUUUGAGAAACAGGCAGUACAUUCAUUCCCUUGCAUGUUGCAUUUUUGGAAACUUGGUAAGAUCAUGUUGAGGUAAAAUGGUUUUUGUGUUAUCUGCUUUUAAUGAUAGUGCAGUAGAUCCCUACAUGUCCAUAAGGCAUCUAGCACAUCACUGGCAGUAUAACUAAUACAAUUUAUGUCUAUAAUUCUGAAGGUGCAUGGAGCUGCAUGAUUAAAAUCCCAUUGAAGAUGAGGGUCAUGAAGCCAGAUUUCUCUGCGCCACUUUGAAUAACCUACCAACUAACAUUAGAGUAUUUUAGAAUCGUUAACUUGUGAGUGCUACGUCCAAUUAUGAGAAAAUGUCAGUGGAACAGAAUGUUGUCACAGGGUUUUGGUCUCCUCCUAUGUCAAUACCAAAGCAGAACUGGGCUUACAGAAGUGUCAAGAUUUAUUGGGAGAGGAGAAAUGCUUAUUUUCAAAUCAGGAGCUAUUGAUCUGGCAACUAUUUUUUAUUACACUGACUUUAUUUCUGUUACAUCUGUUUAGUAAUAAAUAUUUAACAACUUGUCUGUAAAUUGGUUUUAAUAGUGAGCUAGUCGCUGCAUAAUUCUGAUAUGCUGCAUUCUUAUUGGCUUAUAUAACCAGUAGGUUUGUACUUCAGCCAGUCAGAAAUAAGCUUAUUAAUUAAACUACAGUUUUCUGUGUAUUUUUUAAUAAGCUGGUUUCUAUCUGAUUGAAAUGGAGAAAAAUAUGAAUAACUGCUGGCUGGCACAGACUCCAUUUGUAAAAACAAACAAUGUGCUUUGGUACAAGUUCAGUCCUGUCUAAGGGGAGAAUGAUGUGCAGUGAUGAUUUUAAGAAAAUGCUUACUUUACAAAAAAGAAUUGAGUAGAAUUUCAGUUAAUCUAAACCACAAACUAUACUUUAUGCAUACAUAAUUCCUUCCAAUUUUUUUAGGCAAAAUUUUUGAGUAAUAGUUCAGGGUACGUUUCGAAUUGAGUUAAACUGUCCUUUUGGUUAUAAUAUUGAAAAAUAAUUUAGCAGCUGUCUCUUCAGCUAGUGCCUUUUUAUCUGUAUGCCUUAAUUUUGUUUUUGUAUAGACACCAUAUUUAAAUCAUAUGGCCGUCUAAUUAUUCAGUGCCACCAAAAUAGUCUUUAAAAAUAUAUGCAAGUUUCCAAGGCAGAACUCACUAACUGCAUCAAAAGUUGUAUUUUAACUAGUAUCUGUAGCAGACUUUUAGGUUGAGAAUUUACUACAGUUGUUUUUAAAUGAUAAAAAUACUUAGCACCUACAGUGCUCUCCUUUUUCAGAGUACUGUACAAACAUUCCAACAAGGAUGUUAGUGUUAUCCCCAUUUUACAGAUUGGAAAACUGAGAUGUGGGCUAGAUAACUUGCCCAAGAUCAUAGGCUUAGACAUGCCACUUGCUAUACGUGGUACUGUACUAUAAUAAAGGAAGUUUGGCUAAGAAAAGUGUUAAGACAGAGCCAAUACUACUGCACAAAUUAGCAGAUAGUUCAAAUGAGCUACCUUUGUUUCCAAUGAUAUUGUGUUCUCUUCUUUUAAAUAAUCCUAACUCUGCCAUUGUCUUGAAUGAAAGCGUUCCCGCUAGAAGCAGAAGGUGCAGUGCAGUAUAGUAAGCCAUUCCUUCAGACAACAUUGACCAGUGUCAAACUGCCGCUUCAGAGACUUGAGCAAAUUGGUCAGAUCUACAGUUGUUUAGAACUAAAUUUAUUUGUUAGCUUUUUAAUCGUCUAAGUUCUUUAAACUUUAUCAUGAAUAUAAAAAAGCAUAUUUUUGUGUGCUUGAACGGAAACCCAUAUGGUGUUUUUUGGAUUAGCAACGGUAUUACUGCCCAUACCAUUUCUUAUUGCUGGGAACUUUCUAUCUUGUAUUCAUGACAAGUAUGCAGUGUCAAAUCACUUAAAAAACCAAAGCUUUUCUAUCCCCUCUACAAGAGCCAAAAGUGAUGUUUCGUAGAUUAGUACUGUUACUCAUCCUUAUCUACCAGUAAACUAUUGCUAAAUGGAAUAAAACAGGUACUAGUAAAAGUUAUGUCCAGCACUGCCCAUUUUUAAGGAUAGGUUUGGAGGCUCCUCGUUGCUGUUUUGAGAUGCAAAAUUCAUUCCAGCAUUAAAAGGAAAAGUUUGAACAAAGAUCUACACGAUCUUAUUGACAUCACUAACAUAAUGCACAAACUUGGUGAUUAAAUUCCUUUCCUAUGAUAUUCUUUAUAGCCAAGUUUGAGCUUGGGGGCAUUUAAGGAAAGCCAUGAAGAAAAGUAGAUUUAUGAUCUGAACUGCUCGUAGUGCCAUAGCAAACCAGAAGACUUCAGAGGUUGCUGCAGGAAGCAGUCCUUUUAAUUUAAGAGCCAAAUCUCACCCCUAGAUACAAGGGACUUCCACUGCCCUUAAGGGGAGAGUCACGAAUGCACACUGGAGGGAGCAGAAUUUCCCCCAAGAUAGGAUUUCUAAGUCAUUAAACUCCACAUCAGGAACAAAGAGUGCUUUUGUUUGGCUGAUUUAUGUUUUAAAUUUCUUUGGCAUUACUUCAGUACCUUUUUUGGAUCAUAUUUAAGCAAUACCUUGGGGAAAAUCUGUAGCAACUAAAGGUGUAAUUCAGUUGACCUCUCACGUAUUGAAAGGACAGAAUUUAGUAAGCUCAUUUUGACUAGCUUUUUUUUUUUCCAUUAUUUUUUUAAAAGGGGAGAAAAACUGGAUAAAAAUUAGUGAAAAUUUGGCCCUGAUCAUUCAGUCGUUAUGCUGGUGGGACUCCUGCUGGUAAGGAUUGCAGGAUCAGGCUCCUUGUGGGGAGGAGAGAAGAAAGAUAAUAUGGGUUUACACUGAAUGUAAGGUGGGAAAUAUUUCAGAAAGUUUUGCAUCUUUUCCCCCUAUAAUAGAUCUUCUUUCCCCCUCCCCCAAGAAUAUAUAAAUGUGGAUAUAAAGACAAGCAUUGCAUUUUUUGUCAGUUUCACAGUGUUUAUCUUUUGCUAAUACUGGUUUAAAUCUUGAUGUCAUUCAUUCUAAAAUGUAAAUGGUUUGUUAAAACUUGUCUGCCAUCUCAGAUGUCACACAGUUCAUUUAAUGGAAUAUCAUUGUAAAUAAAUGUUGGAGACUUGGAUAAGUUUGAAAGUAGGCUUUUUAAUUUUCACAGUGCUAUGAAUAAAUGUGUAAAUUUGCCCUUUUGAUCUAAUGUACAUUUUUAUGUAGCUGUUAAAUUCUCUAUAUUUAAUCUAUCAGUUUCUCUCUGUAUAUGUUUUUACUCUCAGUUGAAUGCUGGGCACAGUUUGUAAUGUAUACACAAAGGUGUUUUUUUCUAUCAAUGUUGACUUUUUUGCACAUUUUUGAAAAUGUUUAAUUUGUACACUGAUUUAAUACUCUGACCAAUUGUUGAUGGGCGUAUGAGAAUCAAGUAUGUGUGCAAUGUACUACUGUUUGGAUGUAUGUUUUUUAUUACUUUUGAGAUGUUGCUAUCAGUAACUGCACUGCUGUUGCUGCUUUAAAUGGAAUAUCUUGUGUACAAGUGUAUUAGCCUAUGGUUAUAUCUUGGUUGAGGAACUCAGGAGUUGAGCAUUGCUUACUAGUUCUAUAAUGUGUCUAACAACUUUCCCAACUUUAAAGUAUACUUGUAAUUCUGUAUAUGAACUCUGUGUGUGUGCGCGCGCACGCGGUGCGUACACACACACACACACACACACAGAAAUAUCCCAGUUGUCUUAUUCCACAGUUUCAUUUCUACAUUUUUAUGAACUUGUUUUUUAAGGGUACUAUGUUUAGUUAGAAUAAUUAAAUAUAUAAAAGCUUUGAGAGAUAAUUUACUAGAUAAAUAUAUUUUCAGCUGGCUGAUGUUCAGAAAAUAUUUUUUUAAUUUUGUUUUUAAUCAUUCAAAAUGUAUUUGUAUUUCCAAAAUUGGACAUGAAUUGUACUUAGAAGUAUAUUAAAACACUCUGGAGGGACAACAGUGGGAUUUCUCUUUAAGACUUUUGUAAAAAACCAAAAUGCUAAUGUGUCAGUGAUACGGAGAAAAUCCACUGUUGUGAAAAGGGGAAAGCAAUCUUUGAAUUCUCAGAGCUACUUGAAAAAAUGUGAGGGGGGAAAAAAUCAAUCUUGGAAAAGUCAGAUUUUUCCAUCUCCUGUUCUUUGUGUUACAUUUAAUGGUAAUGCUUCUCUUUCUUUAUCCUUUCCCAUUUCUAGUUUUCUGGUAUUAGAAAAGAUAAAGCAUGUUACUAUAUUGUUGAUUGAUUGGCGCAUGAGAUAAGAACAUGCUUUAAAAAUGUGGCUUACUCCUUUCAAGAAUACUAGUCAAACUUUUGACUUCCAUUUUGAUUAACAUUUUUGUGGCUUAAAAAAAAAAAAAAUCCUGUAUAAUGUUUAAAGUGAUACCCAAGUAAAAAUUCUCAUGCUAGGUAUACAGUGCACUGUUGAAUGUCUCUAAAUCCAUAGUUUAGGAAAAGAGCCAGUAUACUCUGUCAAACAAAGGACCUACUAAUUGCCUGGUACGGUGUGGUUUCUUCCACUUUUCGUGCACAUUUUGACUUUGUUACAUUCUCAAAAUUGUGCUUGUAAAAAUGUAUAAAAAACUUUUUUGAUUUUUUUUUACUUUUUUAUGUACUUACCUGUUUUAUUUUCUUGCUGGUAAAUGGCUUUUAUUUUGUUUGGGUUGGGUUUUUUUUGUAUCGGAUGUAAAAGAAGCCAUGUUUAUAUUUUGUGUUUGACCAAUGACUUUGUUUAUAUGAAAUUUAUAUAUUGUUGGUACACAUCUUUGUUUAGGUUGAUCAUGCAUGAGGACCUGCAAGAAUUAGCACAAUGAAAGAUUGCUUUUUCUUCCAAAUUUUUAUUCAUUUUUGAAAGGUUAUGGUGCAGAGGUUUACUGGAUGUAACCUUAUGAACUAUGGAACGACUAUAGAUAAUGGCACUUUGAGUGUUAAUAAAACAAAAUAUUUAUUUCCAA